AUGUUCGGUGCCCAAUCCACGGUUACGACUGAUCGUGGUGCCCAGUUUGAGUCGGCACUCUUCCAAACGCUACUCAAUUUCCUUGGCUGCACACGCAUUCGGAUGAUAGCCUACCACCUAGCUGCCAACGGUAUGGUUGAGCGUUUCCAUCGCCAGCUAAAGACCGCCCUGCGUGCCGUAGAAGAUCCAGGAAACUGGUCGGACAACCUUCCUCUUGCACUCCUCGGCAUCCGCGCAGCUCUGAAGUCGGAUCUGGGCUGUAGCGCGGCUGAAUUGGUUUUCGGCACUACCCUCCGACUGCCAGGCGAAAUGGUCACCCCAACCUCUCGUGGAGCCGACAAGACUCCUGACGACCUUGUGCACCGUUUGCGGCAAUUUAUGCGCGCGCUUUCCCCGGUUCCACCUCGAACUCCAAUGACUGAGUCUUAUGUCGAAAAAGACUUGGAAAAUUGUACUCAUGUGUUCGUCCGGUGUGACCGUGUGCGCCAGCCGCUGGAAUCACCAUACGAAGGACCGUUCCGAGUGCUCGCACGCAACGCCAAAACCUGCCGGAUUCUUUGCGGUGACGGGGCAGACGUGGCGGACGUCGAUCGGGUCAAGGCUGCUGUUGCAGAGGAGCCGCCGGGCCUGUCACAAGGACAAAAAUUUACGGACCCCUUAACCCCUGUUCCUCCAUCUUCCCUAUCCCCUGCUCAUUCACCCUGCCCACUGCCUCGCCCUUCCCCUCCCUUGCCCUCUACCCCUCCGUCCCGCAUACUUCCCCUCCCUACAUGUCUACAGCAUCCAACCGCAACAUCAUUCUCCGCCAUAGCACGCAGUCAACCCUCUUCGACUGUACCUCCUGCUUUCAUCACUCGCGGUGGCCGUCACGUUCAUUUCCCCGAUCGUUUAGUUACGCAUUUUUCUAGGCUUAUGCAUAUCUUCCGUCGUCCUCCGUUCUAGUAUGGGGGUACUGUGGUGAGGUACCGGACUAAUUUACCUUUGGCAAUCUGGUCCCAUUUUCUUUGACCGGAUUGCUUGUUUGAAUGUGACGAAAAAACAACAUACCUGUACAACCCCCCUUUCUGGCCUGCUUUGCUGUCGCGCUCUGUUGUCAGGUUACUUAACGUUUAGACUCUUAUAUUAUUCAUUGCUCAGUUUUACUUGCUGUCUUCCAGGCCAUGGGCUCGUGAGAUAUAACUCGUUACUUCGCGAGGACAUUACUAUUCACGUCAAAUCCAAGGGUAAGCAGACCGCAACGAAUGGAAGAACUUCUUAUUCGCGAUCAAAGCUGUCUACUGUCCGCCCACCAGAGGUACUACACUUCUUAUCAGCGCCGACGGAAGAGCCCUACUCUGCGAAAAGACACAAAUUCAACGGCGAUGGACCGAGCACUUCCGAGGCGUCCUUAACCGUCUUUCCACCAUCCCCGACGCCGCCGUCUUCGUCGCCCGUCUACUGCAACUGGAGACCAACGUCGGCCUCGACCUGCCGCCCUCUCUCCACAAAAUCAUCAGGACCGUGCAGCAGCUCUCCAGCGGGAAAAAUUCCGGAUUGCACGCGAUCCCUGCUGAGAUCUACAAGCGCGGUGGCCCCCAACUCAUGGAUCACCUGACUGCGCUCUCCCAGGAGAUGUGGUGUCAGGGAGAGGUCCCGCAGGAUUUUUAG